AUGACGUCCAUCGCGACCUCGCGCGUCGUCGCGCCGGUCGGUCGCGGCCGCGUCGGCGACCGCGCGCGGCGCGCGCGCGCGCCGCGCGCGGCCGUCGCGAACGCCGCGCGCGGCCGAGACGCGGCGGCAGCCGCGACGACGACGUUUUCGUCGUCGUCGUCGUCGUCCGCGAUCAUCGCCGUCCGCGGCGACGUCGCGACGAGCGCCGUGAACCGCCGCGAGGCGACCCUCGCGACCGCGGCGACGAUGGCCGCCCUCUUCGCUCCCGAGCCCGCGCUCGCGACCCCCCCGCGCCAGACUAUGCAAGUCCCGGAGUCGGACUACAAGCCCAUCCCCGGCACGAACCCGCCGAUCAUGUACGCGGACGUCAAGGGCGGGAGCGGAUCGGAGGGCGGCGUCAAGCCCGGUCAGGCGCGUCCCAUCUCACGCCGGUUCCCAUCCGACCGCGUAGGCGUGGUGAACGCCGAUCCUUUAGGCCUUUUGCCGGCGUGUCUCUCCGCCCAGCUCUCGAUGCGCGUCGCCGUCCACUUCGACGUCAAGUUUCGAAGGCUCACCAUCGCGACGUCGCGGCAGGGCGCGGGCGUCACGGGGGGCACGCCGUACGGGUUCACGGUCGGCACGCCCGCGGGGACACCGGGCGGGCCUGCCGCCCGAGUACGCGUACGGGAACCAGCAGGUGCGUUCUGUACAAACGUUUUUCACCCACCGCUCGGUUUCAACAUUUAA